AUGACGCCUUUGCGGCCUUUUGGAGCCGAAGAAACCAGAGUGGUCAGCGAUUUGUCGAGGUUCGAAUACGGGAAACCAGAGACCCGAAAACGCUCCAGAAACACCACACCGACUUCGCUUCCGAGUGACUCAGAGGUACUGGAAGCUCCAGUGACAACCGACUUUUACGAACACUACGCUACACUGCUGUUCAGCGAAGAGCCCAUACGGCAGUUUGCUCCGUAUCCUCCAUCAAUUGUUGAACAGUUGCCUUACAAUACUCCCCACCAGCUACACAAUCCUCAACCUCCACCUCUGCCUAAACGGCAGCACUCGUACCUAAACAAUCUCCAGCAGUUCAAGAUGAGAGAGCAGGCUCCUCCACCGCCGCCUAAAGAUAAUUUUCAGGAUUGGCCCAAGGAGGAAUUCGACAAGGAUGAGCUUCCUCCCAUGAAAGACUCCAGAGACUAUAUGAAGCAGAGAGACAGCCAGGCCACGGUUGUGGCAGACACGGCUGAAAGAAAAGAGCCAAGAGCGCCAGAAGUCAAUCUUCUUGAAAGGGUCAUGAACAGACCUGUGCUCACGUUUGGCCCUAAAGAUGUUGACCCUUUUGAUCCCCAGGGUCCUCGAAACUUCCACUUCACCGCCAGCAACGUCAUAGACGUUUUUCAGAUCAUAUUUGGAAUCGUCAUCAUCGCCCUAGCCAGCACGCUAGGCUCCCAAGACCAGAGAAUCUCCAUUGGCAUCUACCGCUACUUUAUAGCUGUGGGUGUGAUCACCUUGGUGGUUUCCCUUCUUUUCAUCACAAAAGCUAUAAACUUCGACAGGCGAAACGGCGUUUUUUACUGCCUCUUGGCCUGCGUCCUCACCGGCGUUUCUCUCAUAUUAUCCAUCACCAGUGUGGCUACAGACAACAACUGCGCCUCAGAUAGCAUCUGCCAGAUGAGAAAAGCAUUGUCGACCUUUGCCAUUCUUUCCUUCUUUCUUUGGCUUUGCAUGCUUGUGAUGUUCCUUACCACAUUGUACAUUUCUAGAAUGAACUUGCUUGAGGAUGUCAACUUUGACUACAGCAAGAAAGGCACCGCUAACCCACAAUCUAGAGUGCCAUCCCACAACGGUCUUCCCCAGUACUACUUGAACGAAAACGGCGACAUGUACCCGCUAGACAAUCACGACACCCGAGGUAAGCAGAAAAUCGUUGUAUACGCAUAA